UGUCACUCUCUCGGUCUCACUGUACACUCCGUCACAUGCACUCUACCAAUCUUUCACUUUCACAGCCUCUCUUUCUCUGUGCGGAGAAGGAACCACUUUGGAUGGUUCGUUCAGCGAUGCCCAGGUCCCGAUCAGCCUCCAGCUCGUUCCUCACCUCCUGCAGGAUGUUUGGGACUCGCCGUCUCCUCCUCUGUCUCCUGAUUUCAGCGGUCGUUGGCUUCGAGGUGUCGGGGCCCAAGGAGGCGCUGGAGGUGACCGUGGGGGAGGACGGCGUGUUGCGCUGCCAGGUGGAGCAGGCUUUGCCUCUGAUGAACCUGGAGGUCAGGUGGGUCAGGCAGGAUUGGAACUCGCCCGUCUAUCUGUACAGAGACAGAAAGGAGCAGCUCAGCGUCCAGGACAAGGCGUAUCAAGGGAGGACCGAGAUGGAUAGCCAGCAGAUUUCUGCGGGCAAUUUUUCGCUGAUGAUCAAGAACGUUCAACCCCCAGACAACGGCUCCUACACCUGUUUUGUUAAAUUGUCCGAGAAAUCCAACGAGGCUCUGGCAGAGCUGAAGGUUCGAGCUCUAGGUGAGGCCCCGCUGUUACACACAGAGGGUUACCAGAACGGGGGGAUCAGGCUAAGCUGUCACUCCGAGGGCUGGUUCCCGGAGCCCCAGAUCCUGUGGGGGGACGGCAGCCGCAGGAACAUGACCGCACAGUCGCAAACCAGCCACGUGAAAGAUUCCAAGGGUUUCUUCACCACGAAGAGCAGCGUGACUGUGAGCAGUGACUCCACAGACACUCUCACCUGCCAGAUACGGAACCGCUUGCUCAACAAGGACCAAGAGGCUAUGAUUAUGAUCUCAGAGGAAAUGUUUCCCCGGGUCUCUGCCUGGAUGGUGCUGUUUAUUCUGCUUCUCGUCGUCCUCCCCAUGGCUGUCGCUGGAACCGUCUUCAUUUGGAGAAAACAGACCACGAAGAUUAAAAAACGCGAUGGACUCAACGACAACAUCGCGAGGACUGAUGAGAGUUUGAAGCUUAUUACGAACGACCGGACACAACUUAAGAAGGCGCUGGAUAUUGAGAAACGCUGCACUGAAUCAGAGUGGGACAAAUAUCGCAAAUGCAACGAUUGCAAGAAUCAACUGGAACAAUUUGAGGGAAGCAGACUCGGGCCAAGUACAGCCUCCGUGGUUCUGGACCCAAAGACCGCUCACCCAGACCUCAUCGUGUCCCAGGACGGUUUGAGUGUGAGUCUCGGUGACCAUCCUCAGAAGGUCGGCAAGAGCACAAAUAGGUUCAGUUCGCACAGGGCUGUCCUGGGAAUUGAUGCAUCCACAGCCGACAUACAGAAACUUAACGGAUUCGCAACCGGGAUACACUCCUGGGAGGUGGAGCUCGGGAAAAAGACGGCAUGGACUAUCGGAGUGGCCAGGGAGUCCAUCAAGAGGAAUGAAAACAUCACCCUCACACCUGACAACGGAUUCUGGGUUGUGUCACUGAGCAACGGGGAGGAUUAUCAGGCUCUUACUUCACCCUCCACCAAGCUGAGCCUCAGUGUGAAACCCGGGAAGAUCGGAAUUUACCUGGACUUUGAGGGGGGGCGGGUGUCGUUUUACAACGCUGAUAACAUGUCUCUCCUCCACACUUUCACCCACGCUUUCACUGAGAGGCUUUAUCCUCUCUUCUGCCCCGGAUCAAAUGAAAAGGGUACGAAUUCUGACCCUCUGAAAAUCUGUGCGGUUAACAAGGAAGAAGACCAGUCGUCAGGAGAAAGCUUACCCACUGUGCAGCUGGAUCCUGACACAGCCCAUCCCCGGCUCAUCCUGUCUGAGGACCUGACCAGUGUGCGAUGCGGAGACAAACUGCAGCAGCUCCUCGACACUCCGAAGAGGUUUAGUGAAGAUCUCAUCGUCCUGGGAUCUGAGGGCUUCACAUCAGGGAGACAUUACUGGGAGGUGCAGGUGGGCAACAAGACUGUGUGGAUUGUGGGAGUGGUGAGGGAGUCUGUCAACAAGAAAGAAUCAAUCACACUGUCACCAGAGGAUGGGGUCUGGGGGGUGUGGCUGUGGUACCAGGACUAUGAAGCUCUGACCUCCCCUCCCACCCGCCUGCCCCUGACAGUGAGACCCGGGAAGAUCGGGGUGUACCUGGACUACGAGGAGGGACAGGUGACAUUUUACAAUGCUGACGACAUGUCUCAUCUCCACACUUUCACUGAGAAACUUUAUCCUCUCUUCAAUCCCUGGCAUAACGAUGACGGGAAAAACUCUGAGCCUCGGAGAAUCUGCCCAGUGACAGAUUAAUGAGGAGGAAAACCCUCAGCCAUUCCCUCUGUUUGACUGUUAUAACCUGGAGGUUUGGACGAUGCCGAGUGUUUGCUUCUGUGCGUUACCCCACACCAGUUUGGAGCUGAGUUUGUGACGGGAAGUGAAGGGCGGGGCUGAGCGGGGUCUCCCGGGGAGACGUCAGCUCCACCUUGUACCCCGAGCAGGGAACGCCGUCUAUGGCCGACGUCACCGAGCAGCCGCGACACGGCACCUGCACAUUCCAGACCCAUCUCAAGACCCUCCUCUGCGACCGUGCUUUCGAUCUCCCUGCUUCCCCCGCUUUCCUCCACCACCCGCCCCACCCCUAUCCCCAGCUCAGGCCCGUAAUUCUGUCUGUCCAGUGCCUCGGGACGUCCUCCCGACGUGAAAGUCGCUCUACACAUGUCAUUUUGUGGUGGUGUCGGUUGUCCUGUGAGUUCCAGGGAACAAAUAAAUAAUCGAAACCUGCA